AUGAACAUUGGACUUCCGCUCUUCAUCUUCCUCUUUGCUCACCUUACACUCGGCCAAGACAACCUUGGAAAGGAGAUAGUUGCUAAGCUAAGCGGAGAAUGUGGAGAUCGCGCUCUCGAUGACAGCGAUGAAGAACUACAGAAUUGGGUAAAGGGUAAUGUUUGUGCGGACAAAGAUAAGACAUACAUACAUGUGCGCGUGAGGGCUAAGAACGAUACAUCCCUAGACGCAGAAGGAUGGGCCAAAGAAGUCUCUGGCAAGGAUAUUGACUUCGAGGAGUCGAUGUGUUCUGGAAAUUUCAAGGUUGCAUGCCAUGUACAAGAAUGUGAGGUUGAUGAGCCGACGACUAAAACAAAACUGUGCCUCUGCGCUCUCAAGUAA